AUGCGGCCCAGGCGAGGAUUUUCACGAAAACAUCCAUCACAGACUGCGUACCAGUGCCAACGAUAAGGGUGCUACGACGAACGGGACCUGAAGCUAUGGAUUCAACGGAGUGACAGCCGAGUCGAUGGCGUUUCAAAACUUGGGUAACGGUUUCUGGCCUUGAACGGAGACGUAAGAAGCGAGGAAGAGUUUUAACGGCAAUGAAUGCGCUAUCACUUGUUUGAUAGAGAGACGGAGAGAGAGAGAGAGGGGCCAAACUCCCUCCCUCCGAAGAGCUCGUUCCGCCCGAUGGAGACUGACGGGACGUUUGCAGCGAGCUCGAGGCCCGGAAUGUCACCUGUGAAACGUAGAUACGUCGUUGCAGGACGUAAUUAAGAACUCGCGCACACCUGUCUGCGCUUUGACGGUUUUGUAGUCAACUUCUUUGUAAACCUGAGGGAAAAGUUAGCAGGUCAACGUUAGCUGUGCGAGGCGACCCCUCGCGCAACAUGACUAUUAUCGAUAACACAUAACGAGAGGUUCUUCACCGCCUCAGGUAACGUACCAGGACAGGUGAACGACGCACUGUUACCUUUUCAACGGUCUUAAAUUCUCAUGGGACUGCUCUAGAAAGUUGUUCUAUUGUAUUUAAACAUCAGUAAGUUGGCUCAAACCUAUUUGACUGAGCAGUGUUGUUCGUGAAACGUGGACUUCUUGGAUAUUUUUUCACCUAGUUUUGCCUUUCUCCAUCAAUCAUGUCACUCAAAGACAACCCCUGUCGGAAAUUUCAAGCCAACAUUUUCAACAAAAGUAAAUGCCAGAACUGCUUCAAGCCCAGAGAGUCACAUUUGCUGAAUGACGAAGACCUGAGCCAGGCGAAACCCAUUUAUGCAGGAUGGCUGCUGCUGGCACCAGAGGGGACAAAUUUUGACAAUCCAUUACACAGAUCUCGGAAAUGGCAAAGAAGGUUCUUCAUCCUGUACGAGCAUGGCUUACUCCGCUAUGCUCUGGACGAAAUGCCCAGCACUCUCCCCCAGGGUACCAUCAAUAUGAACCAGUGCACGGACGUCAUCGAUGGAGAGUCCAGGACAGGGCAGAAGAACUCUCUAUGCAUCGUCACCCCUGAGAAAGAGCACUUCAUACGGGCUGAGUGCAAAGAAAUAAUCAAUGGGUGGCAGGAGGCUCUGACUGUUUACCCCCGGACCAACAAGCAGAACCAGAAGAAGAAACGAAAGGUUGAUCCUCCCACUCACCAGGGUGGAGUUACUACAGGCCAAUGUUUUUCCACUGAAGACAUGAAUGGACACCCAUCUCUCUGUGGCCUUACCUUCCAUCAUGUCCUCUCCUCUUCCCUUCCUCUCCUUCCUUCCCAAAUCCCCACGCAGGAGCCCGGCCCCGCGAAGGUGACGGUGACCAGCAGCAGCGGGGGGAGCAUCCCCUGCCUACCCAGCAGCAUCGCCAGUGCUGAGCGCGUCCCGAUGAGCCGCGCCACUCUAUGGCAGGAAGAGAGCCGCUGGAGCAGGGCCACUAUCCCCUGCAGCCGCAGUGCCUCCUGCAUCAGCCAGCUGAGCCAGAGCCAACCAGAGUCCAGCAUCACUACUCAGGACGAUGCUGCCACUGUGAGCACUGGACGAAAGGUACGAGUGGAGAGUGGUUACUUUUCCCUGGAGAAGACCAAGUCGGAGCCUUCUCCACAGUCCACACCACAUUUUCAGCCACCCCAGCCACCCCAGCAUCUGCCCCUGUCCUCUUCAGCAUCCUCCUCCUCUUUAGGAGCUCCCAGUCCCAGGUACAAGUCUGAGUCAGACCCUCAAACUUCCCCUUACCAACCCUCCCAGGACCCUUUCCCUUCUCCAGGUACACUCGUCUCCCCCAGCUACUCCACCAUCAGCUCCUCCCAGAGCUCGCUGGACUCUGAUCCCAGCGUGGGCACACCCACCUGGGAGGGACACAGCGGCAGCGGUGGUGGAGGAGGGAGCACAGGUAGUGUCAGCGGCGGGGGAGGCAGAGUGGGCCGGUCUGGCAGGGAGUACACGGCGCUGUCGGAUGUGCCGCGGGCUCGCAGGCUGAGUUACCGCGAGGCCUUCCGCUCAGAGAAAAAAAGGCAAGAGCUGAGGGCGCGGACUCGGAGUCCCGGCAGAGAGGAGGUGGCUCGGCUGUUUGGGGAGGAGCGCAGGCGUUCUCAAAUCAUCGGCAGGUUCGAAGAGAGUCAGUCUGUAGAGCACAUGGACACAGGUGGCACCAGUGAGUCCUCCACUAAUACCACGCUAAUCCAGAGACAAGGACGCAGCGAGAGACGCUUUCUGGCUAACAAACAUGAUAUGUCUCUGGACUCAGUAAAGGACCGGUCAGUCCCUGAUGUGUCCAGCUCUGCUUUUGCCAAUUUAAGAAGAGCGAAGUCACUGGACCGCAGAGUCACUGAGUCCUCAAUGACUCCUGAUCUGCUAAACUUCAAAAAAGGAUGGAUGACAAAGCUCUAUGAUGAUGGAAUGUGGAAAAAACACUGGUUCGUUCUGACAGAUCAGAGUCUAAGGUACUACAAGGACUCGAUAGCUGAAGAGGCUUCAGAACUAGAUGGCGAGAUCGACCUUUCCACAUGUUACGAUGUCAAAGAGUUCCCGGUCCAGAGGAAUUACGGCUUCCAAAUCGUGUGUAAAGACGGAACGUGCACCCUGUCAGCCAUGACCUCUGGAAUCCGCCGCAACUGGAUUCAAGCCAUCAUGAAGAAUGUGCGACCCACUAUCGCUCCUGAUGUCACCCGGAAAAACAUCUCUCUGAAACUAUCCGUUCUCAAGCCCAGAUCCCUCCCUGAUGAGAAUUUAAAAGCCCAGGUGAUGUUGGAACCAUGUCAGACCACGCCUGAGCCAAGCCUGAGUCCUGAGGCUCCCAGGUCUGAUGCCAACAGAAAGCCAGCAGGCAACAAUGCCCCCACCCCUGCCUCUGAGCCCCGGAAAAGCCGAGUCCGUGAGCGCAGAAGAGAGGGUCGCUCCAAGACCUAUGACUGGACUGAGUUUAAAAUGGAACAGACUGCAAAGCCUGUAAAAGAACGAGCCGACACAGUUGAUCUCAGCUCGUCCUUCUCCACAACUUCCUCAUACUGCUCCCCUUCCUCCUCCGCCUCUUCUUUAGCAUCCUCACCUGUCUCUACCUCUUCCCUCCAGACCUCUUCUGUGUCAGGCUCCCACCCACAGUCUGUGACAGAAGAAGCAGAAAAAGAGAAUGUAAGGAGGGGUAUUCCUCCAUCCAGCACAACCAGUGCAACUCACAUGCCAAAUACUGUUACUGUCACAGUGAUGUCCACGCUAAACACUGCAUCACCGGCAUCAUCGACGCAAGAAUGCCACGAGCAAGGGAGGAUGGAAGUAGACCAUCCUGCUGGUGAGGCUAAAAAGGACAACAGAACCUCGGACGUCCAAGAGGAGAUUGAGCAGCGAUGGCAUCAGGUGGAGACCACACCGCUAAGAGAGGAGAAACAAGUGCCCAUUAACUCAGCUCUGGGGAACUCUGCUAACUCUGACAGAUUACCUGCUCAUGAGCUAGCUGCGCUGCUAGACAAAGAGUUGGGGCAGAAACAGAAGGAGCUGGACCGUCUUCAGAGGCAAAACAGCGUUUUAAAAGAGCAGUUAGAAGAUGCACUUGGGAGAGAGCAAAAUGCCAGAGAGGGAUAUGUACUGCAGACUGCAACCCCCCCUUCCUCUUCACCGCAUAGAGUGCCAUGGCAACGCCUGCACAGCCUAAACCAAGACCUGCAGGGUGAGCUCGAGGCCCAAAAACGCAAGCAAGACCUCGCUCAGCAGCAAAUCCGGACACUUAAGAGAAGCUACACUGAAGCUCAGGAUGCUGUCGGCCGCCAUGAGAAUGAUAUUCAGGCUCUGCAGGCAAAAUUAGCGUCUGCAAUGGCUGAAAUCUUGGCUAGUGAGCAAGCUGUGGCCAGAAUGCGCAAUGAGCUCAAGUUGGAGCAGGACCGUUCAAAGGAACAUGAGGAGGAAUAUAGCCGCAGCGAGAGCACCCUGCGAGCCCAGCUAAAAGACAGCGAGGAAAGACUCCGUGAGGUAGAGGCCAGCCUCUUAGAGAGAAACCAGGCUCUCAGGCACCUGGAGCGCCAGCAGGCACUGCAACGAGACCAUAUGAGAGAGAUUCAGAGGCUGCAGGAGAAACUGCAAGAGGUGACCGCUCGGCUGGAUGCUACUGAAGAGGGUCAGGCUCUAAAGGAGGAGCGCCUCCGGGCGGAGCAAGAUGCCAUGCAAGAGAGUCAUGAGAGGGAAAGACAGAAUCUGUGCAGGAGAUUAGCUGAGGCUGAAACUGCACAGAAAGAGAUGGCGAAGAGGCUGCUGGAGGCUGAGCAACAGGUAGAGGCCUUGCUCAGAGGGAGACGGGCCUCUGCAGGAAAAGAGAGCAAGGAGGAACUACUGAAGCUACAAGAGGAAGUGGUCCAGAAGACUGACAUGGUAGAGUCUCUGAGGCAGAGUGUUCGUAGGCUGGAAGAAGAGAAAGGACAGCUCACCUGUCGCUGUCAGGAGCUUCUUAACCAGAUUGCUGAAGCAGAUCGUGAGGUGAAUAAGCUCCGCAAUCGUCUGGAGUCAGAGGAGGCUGAUUACUACAACCUAGAGAGCUCAUAUGAAAGAGCAACCCAAGAGUUUCAGAAAAUAAGCCAGUUUCUCAGAGAAAAGGAGGAAGAGAUCCGACAGACCAAGGAGAUGUAUGAGAGGUUGAUGGCGCGCAAGGAGGAAGAUUUAAAAGAGGCUCUUAUAAAAAUGACUGCACUUGGAAAUAGCUUAGAGGAAACAGAACAGAAGCUACAAGCUAAGGAAGAGCUUCUUUGCCAAAUGAGUCAAAGUCUCUUGGAUAGGGCUGAGCCCUGUAGUGCUGAAAAAGAUCUACAGGCCAAGCUUGUGGUUGCAGAGGACCGUAUAGCAGAGCUAGAGCAGCAUCUUAAUGCUUUACAGCUGGGCUAUGCUGACCUACGCAUGGAGAGACGGCAAAUUCCAGACCACAACAAGAAAGCAAGGCUCAAAACAUCAGUCUCCUUGUCGGCAAGUGCAGGGCUCCAACUGUCCUUUGACAAUAAAUCAAAGUCUGAGGUCUCCACAGAUGACAAGGAGUCUCAAGCUAAGAGACCAAGAAUUCGCUUUUCAAGUAUUCAGUGCCAAAAGUAUAACGCUGAGGGCCUGGAGAGUAGCCAGGUUAGCAGCUUUGCAGAGAAAAGACAAAAAGUUAAUCAGGUGGAAAAUGAAGACAUGCAGAUAAGUGAAGGAAAUAUCUCCUCUGAUACAACCUGCCCUCACAGUAGUGACCCAGAGAAGUUCAUAUCCAUCAUACAUACCCUAGAGACCAAACUACUUGCCACUGAGGAUAAAUUAAGGAACCUCACACAGAAUCUAGAGGAGCAACGAUCCACCCAAGCAGAAGACUUAAGCGGAGAGAUUGAUCUCAAAAUGUCAGAAACCAAACCGGAUAAAGAGUUUAGCAGUGCAAGUACAGCAACCAAUAAGCACUAUGCCAAGGCUCUUUCUUGUGUGGAAAGCAGUCGUGAGAGAGUCAGGGAUAUUCUCAGUGGCUCUCAUGAUACCACUGAUUCACAGCUGCACUCACUCUCAGAGAUAGAGAAUGAUUUAUUUACUGCAUCACUGUAUAUCCGACAAGGACAAAAGACACUGGAAGAGCAAUCACCAGCCGUCAAAAUCCCAGAGACUGUAGAUAAAGAUGCUUUGGAACUCUUUGCUAAAACUUUGUCUUUUGAGGCUGUAGUUUUGAACAAGAUUGCUUUGUUAAUACAGACUUCAAAAUCUGACGUCCUCCAAGGUCUUGCAGAGUUAUGGAAAGACAUAGAGAAGAUUAAAAGAAGUGACAAAGAUUGCCUGGCCAUAGUUUAUGCAGAUGUCUUGACCAGGAAGCUCUUGUUAGAAGGUGCAUUCUGGAAAGAUUUGGAGAAAGCUCAGAUGGAUGCUGCUACAUCCAAAGAGGACAGUGCUUCAGCUGAUGUAGAUGUUGAUACCAAUGUUAUCUUAAACACCUUCAUUAAAGCAGAGCUAGCAUACUCAAUUCAAAACUUGAAAUACUGUUAUGAAGAGAAAUUCAAAAUACUCAAAAGGGAGCUGGCUGAAGCACAUAAAAACUUACAUCAAAGGGAAAUGGCUCUAAAAGCAAUUAUCGAAGCUUCCAAAACACCUGAUUUGAAGAAUGUGAUAAAAGAAGUCAAAAAUAACUUUGGGUUUAGCAAACACAAGUUAGCAGACAUCCACCCUCCUGAACUUGCUCCCUACAUGGAGCAGAUUGAAAUGGAAGAAGCUAGAGACUUGGCUGAGGAAAUUGUAGACAGACAGCUGGCUGGAGAGAUGCCCUCUUGUGGUGUAGAUUCAAUUGAAUCAUUUCGAAAUGCACAUGAUAGCCUUGCUAAUGAGCUUCAGAGACAAGCAGCAAUCCUCCAUAAGUUUUCUCAAGAGAUAGAAUGUGGUGGAAACCAACCUGGACUGGCUAAAAUGGUCCAUGCUGUUUUAGGACACCAGUCUUCACGUAACUUUACAAAUACCUCCCUAUGUAUGCGUGAAGCCCUUAUCCAGGCUCAAGUGGCUUAUGUGGCAUGCAGGUUACGGGCAAUGCAUGAACAAGACUUGGGUUGGUGUAAACAGACUGGUCAGGACAUGGAUGCUCUGGUCCAGCAGCAUUCUCACAACAUCAGUGCAAUCAAAGAGAAAUAUCAAGCAUCCCUAAAGGAUGAGCGUAGGAACUUCACUCAGACUGUAGCCUCACUCCAGAAAGAGAACCAAACCCUAAAAGAUGAGGUCAGCAAACAUAUGAACCAGCUUUCCCAGCAGCAGAAGCAGCUGGGUGUCCUUCAGGAGAAUUUCCAGAAGGAGACCGAAGAACUAAGGCAGAGGCACAAACAUGAGCUAAGCCAAGCCGAGAAAGGCCGUGCUUCAACAGAGCUGGCCCUCAUGGAGACGACAGCCGACAGUCAACGAAAACUUGAGGUUCUGCUGGUAGACAUGAACACCAUGGAGGAGCGACACGAGACUCAUGUGAGGAAACUGGAGGAGCAGUUUGAGGAAAGGAUCUGUGAGCUUCAGCUAAUCCACAAAGAGGAGGUUGAAAAGUUACAUUCCCAGUAUGUGGAGAAUAUUCAGCGUGUCCAAGAGAAUCAACAGGACAGGAAAGGUUUCCAUUCACCUCAGUGUGAUGAGGCGGCUACACCAAUGGAAGAGGAGGAACAGGGGAAGGGGGAAAACAUGUCAGAAGUGGACUCCAUGGUGGUUCUGAAGGAUCGGAUCCAAGAACUGGAGACUCAGAUGAACACCAUGAGGGAUGAACUGGAGAACAAGCACCUAGAAGGAGAUGUCGCCAGCCUGAGAGAGAAAUACCAGAGAGACUUUGAAAGUCUUAAGGCCACUUGUGAACGUGGCUUUGCAGCAAUGGAAGAAACCCACCACAAGGUAAUCCAAGACCUCCAGAGGCAGCAUCAGAGGGAGAUUUCCAAACUCAUGGAAGAGAGGGAGAGACUGCUGGCUGAGGAGACUGCUGCCACAAUCGCUGCUAUUGAGGCUAUGAAGAAUGCCCACAAGGAGGAGCUAGAGAAGACUCAGCGCUCCCAACUCAGUGGACUGAACUCUGACAUUGAUGAGCUUCGCUUACAAUAUGAGGAAGAACUGCAGUCCAUCCAGAGAGAACUGGAGGUGUUGUCAGAGCAGUACUCUCAGAAAUGUCUAGAAAAUGCUCACCUGGCUCAGGCCCUGGAGGCUGAGCGGCAGGCGCUCAGGCAGUGUCAAAGAGAGAACCAGGAGCUUAAUGCUCACAACCAGGAGUUAAAUAACCGGCUGACAGCAGAGAUUACUCGGAUGCGCUCCUGUUUCAGCGGUGAAACUGCUCUGUCCACACUUACCCAGGGCAAGGAUGUGUAUGAAUUAGAGGUGUUGCUACGAAUUAAAGAGUCAGAAAUCCAGUAUCUCAAACAGGAAAUUCACUCUUUGAAAGAUGAACUGCAGUCUGCUUUAAGGGACAAGAAAUAUGCCACAGACAAAUAUAAGGACAUCUACACGGAGCUCAGCAUUGUGAAGGCAAAAGCUGACUGUGAUAUCAGCAAACUGAAGGAAAAACUGCUGAUCGCCACAGAAGCUUUAGGCGAAAGGACUGUGGACGGAUCAGUCACAUCUGGAUAUGAUAUAAUGAAAUCAAAAAGCAAUCCUGAUUUCAUGAAAAAGGAACAAUCAUCAACCUCCAGGCAAUCAAGAGGUGUACGAUCGAAGUCUGUCACUGAACAGGUCUCAUGGGAUAGCUGACACUCCCAUUGUGGGGUGAUUCCCCCUCAGCCCCAACAUGUGCUAGCCUGAAAGAGGGACUAACUGUGCAGGAGCGUAUGAAGCUUUUUGAAGCGAAAGAUUCCAAAAAGAUUUAAAUGUCCUCAACCUGCAGCGUGUUUCCUCUAUCCUGUUCUUGGUGGAUUUUUGGUCAGAUCUCUACAGCGGUGCCAGAAUUAGCUGUGGACUCUUGUAUGAACAAAUCUGUAAAGGUCAAUUCUUAACUUAGACCUGCUGCUUCAUGCCUCUGACAUGUGUUCAUAAUUUUUUUUUUUAAUUAAUGGAAAAAAGUUUUAUUGAAUCAAACCUGUGUACGGUCUCUAUAAAGAACAUAUAGAUGUUUAUCAGUUCAUGUUGGAGGUGUGUCAAAAAGCUGCAAGGGAUACAUGACAGCAUUAUAUUGAUCCUCCAAAAUGCCAAAACAGACAGCAAUACAUAGUAUAAAUAAUAUAUAUUUCCCAGUAUGAAUUAAGUAUCUGCUGUAUUUUACUGUUACAGUUUCUAUAUCUAAAGUUUUAAAUGUUUAUGUUGCACCAGUUCUAUUGUAUAUAACUACUGGAUUGAUGUAAGAGUAUGGUUUGCUAUUGAGUGUUGGGGCAUCUGCUGUACUAUAACUAUGGUUUGACUGAUAGUGGAAACAAUGUGAUGCUUAUCUUGCUUAUGUAUGAGAGUUUUUUUAAUGGAGUGUCUGUGUGUGAAGGGGGAAGAGGACUGGGAUUGCACUUAUCACUUGACUACUUGAGGAAUCUUUUUUUUUUUUUUUUGGUCUCAAAUCGGUUUAGUGACUUCAAGUCAAAUAUCGCAGUGCAACCAAAAAUCCUGACUUCUGUCAAAUUAAGUAAACAAUUGUGACUUGUUCGUAAUACUGGAUUUUUUUUUUAAGUUUCUUAAAAUCUGAAUUUGUGUUUGCUUAGUUUUGACUUUGGUGUGAGAGUAUCAUCUCAAAAGAACUUAAACUAUUUAGGACUUUGCAUGACUGUACAGUGUCAUAUGAAUUGCUUAACGAUCUCGUUGCCUCUUUUUCCUCCUUACUGCUUCAGUGUGGAACUCUUAACACUAAUAAGCUUUGCUUUGCAAGUCCUACUGUUUAGUUGUUGAGAUUGAAAUGUUUUACUGUAAGCAGCAGCAGUCUUGAAGCACUUGGCCCGAUCCCUGACCUCUCACUAGUCGUGCCUCAACUGAGAGAAGAAUAUAAACAUCCAUGAAACCUGUGCAGCUAUGGAAACACACUGUAUAGUAUUCAAACCACGCCUUGUAUGUGUAUAUAUAUAUAUAUAAAUAUUAAGCCACAUGGAAGACUUCUGUUUUGUUUUAAACUUGUACCUUGCUCUUUAGCUCUAUAUGAAAUAUAUAUGGAUAUUUUUUAUUUUCAUUUUAAUGUUUAACAUCAAAUAAAUGAAGUGU